AUGGGGAUUCAUGGCUUGCUGCCUUUCUUGAAGCCUUAUGUCAAGAAGGUGAACAUCGAAGAGUUCCGUGGGAAAACAGUUGGUGUGGAUGCAAUGUGUUGGAUGCACAAGGGGGCUUUUGCUUGCUCACGGGAGCUUGUCGAAGGUGAAGACACCGACAAGUUUGUUCGCUUUUUCCUGAAGAUGUGCGAGGUCCUGCGCUGUACCCGCAUGAAGCCCAUCAUAGUGUUCGACGGGGACAAGCUGCCUGCCAAGGCGAAGGAAGAUCAGGCACGAGGAAAAGUCCGUGAGCAGGCGCGCCUCGAAGCUUUGGAGCUCAUGGAGCGCCAAAGGUCUGGCCACGAGGUCAACGAGAAAGAAAUCGCUUCAAAGUGCGAGAGUGCCAUCAAGGUCACCGCCUCAAUGAUAUCAAGGCUGCAGAGUGCCUUGAAAGAGUUGUCCAUUGACUUCAUGAUUGCGCCAUAUGAAGCUGAUGCUCAGCUUGCUUAUAUGUGCAGGAUGGGAUGGAUUGACGUUGCCAUUUCUGAAGAUAGCGAUUUGCUUGCCUACGGCUGCCCAAGCACCCUGUUCAAGAUGGACAAGUGGGGCAACGGGGACUACAUAGCCUUACCAUGCCUUCAAGUUGAUGCUGCAGUACAGGUUGGUGCUGGUGAAAAGCAACAGCUGGCCGACAAGGAAAACACUCCUCCAGGUCAGAUGGAUGAAGGCAAUGCAGGAAAGCCAAAAAGCAAGCAGAAGCAACGGAUGAAGCCUACCAAAAGUAGGAAGGCAUCCCAAAACGGCUCCAAGCCCAGCAAGCCUGUAUGUGCGCCAGAGAUGCUUGCAGGCGAUGCUGCUGAGACACAGGAAGCUCCCGGUGAUGCAACGAAGGAGGUAGGCAGUUCAAAAGUAAGGCGCGCGAGGAAGGCAAAAGCGAAACCUGAUAAGGUCGCAAAGGCCAAGGAUGUGAAGUCUUCGCUGGAUUGCUGGUCGGCGGAGCAGUUUGCUGAGUUCUGUGUCUUCUGUGGAACGGAUUAUAAGGAGCCCGAGAUCCACAUCAAGAACUUUGGUAUCAAGACUGCUUUUCAGUUCAUGCAGAAGUACAGCAAUGCCAGUGACCUCUUGCGAUGGAUGGUCAGCGACAAGGGGUUCCGCGAACGCCUGCCAUGCGCGGCAGAAGAGUACAUUCCACGCUAUACAUCAGUGGUGUGUGUCUUUUGGCAUCACCUGGUGUUUAACCCUAGAAGUGGCGAAUGUACUUCAAUUUCAACAGCAUUUCCUCUGACGGAAUCUCGAAGACACUGCCCAGGCCUGGAUCCUGCAACAGUUUGCGGGAUAGUCUUCCCAAAGCAGGAAGCGCUACGGGUGGCAAGAGGCGAGUUGGAUCCUCGCACCAGACUUCCCAAAACGCUCGAGCCCCUGACCCCGGCAGAACGUCGUGCCAUUGAUGGUAUGCUUGACAUCAAGCGGCGUGAGCUGGAUGAAAAGAGGCAGCAGGACAUGCAGGAGCAGGCAGACAAGAGGCGUGCUGAAGCGGAAGCCCUGAGGGCCACCCAAGCAGAGGUGCCGCCAACUUGUGAUACCGGUGAAGCCUUGCCUGAUGAGCCAACUCCAUCCGUAGAAGCUAGAGAAAUCAAAUUGCUACCGGGAGACGUCCGGAGGCUGAUGCAGUUCCAUGAGCUGCGGAAUGAUGAAAGCGAAGAGAUGCGCCAAUCAGGAACGGCAUCCAAUCAAGUUGCAGACACAGGCACAUCCAAAGCUAGCAACCCUUUCUUGCGAAAACGUACGCCGCAGAGCAUGGGUGGUAUGGCAGUCCCUGGGGCAAAGGUUGGAAGCCAGCGACCUGCAAUACGCGGCCUGGCCGCACGCAAGGAAGUUGCAGAGCCUUUGGGUGACGCUGGGACAUUCAAGAAGCCAGAGUACCACCCCAGAGGGGGUGGUGCGGCAAACCUUGCAGUGGAAGCCGUGUUGGCCCAGCGAGGGCUGCUCGGACUGAAGCUUGAUGAGGACAAGGACAAGUCCAAGUUGAAGUAUUUCUUUCCGCAUGGUGGCAAGACCAGGGAGGCCCACAGCAAAAGCCCGGAUGUACCCAAAGUCGACACCUUGUCUUCCUGGAACUCUCGUCCGUGGGAGGUGGAACCUGAAGCCCCGGCAGCUGCUCCACGAGAAAAUGUCCUGUCCAUGAGGAAGCGGAAGACCAUGGCUUGUUUUCGAUCCCGAACGUAG